CCGCGCGUCCCCAACGAUCCGCCCGCAGAGGGGGCGGCGGGCCUGGCGGGCGGCGCUGGCGGGGUUCUGCGGCCGCCAUGGCUGCCGGGGCGGGGACUGCGGUGUGGGCACUGAGCCCGCUGAGCGCGGUGUGGCUGGGGCUGGCCGCCGCCUUUCUGGUGACCCUGCUGCUGCAGCUCGUGCCGCCCCGCCUGCUGCCGGAGUGCGCGCUCUUCCAGGACCUCAUCCGCUACGGGAAGACCAAGCUGGCCGGGCCGGCGCGCCCGGCCGCCUGCCGCGCUUUUGAUGUCCCCAAGAGGUAUUUUUCUCACUUCUAUAUCAUCUCUGUGCUGUGGAAUGGCUUCCUACUUUGGUGCCUUACUCAAUCUGUAUUCCUGGGAGUGCCUUUUCCAAACUGGCUUCUCGGUCUCCUCAGAACUCUCGGGGCAAUGCAGUCCCAAGGUGGUGAGCUGGCGCUGUCUGUCUUCUUGGUACUCCUCUUCCUAUGGCUUCACAGCUGGCGGAGACUCUUCGAGUGCUUCUAUGUCAGCGUCUUCUCCAAUGCUGUGAUCCACAUCGUGCAGUAUUGUUUUGGCCUUGUCUACUACGUCCUCCUCGGCCUAACUGUGCUGAGCCAAGCACCCAUGGAUGGCAGGAAUGUGUAUGUAAAAGGAAAAAAUCCAUUGAUGCAAGCACGGUGGUUCCACAUCCUUGGGAUGAUGAUGUUUAUCUGGUCAUCAGUCCACCAGUAUAAGUGCCAUGUCAUUCUCGGCAACCUCAGGAAAAAUAAAGCAGGAAUGGUCAUUCACUGCAACCACAAGAUCCCUUUUGGAGACUGGUUUGAACACGUUUCUUCCCCUAAUUACUUAGCAGAGUUGAUGAUCUACAUUUCCAUGGCUGUCACCUUUGGUUUCCACAACUUAACUUGGUGGCUGGUGGUAACAUAUGUCUUCUUCAGCCAGGCUCUUUCUGCUUUCCUCAGCCACAAAUUCUACCAAAGCAGAUUUGUCUCCUACCCAAAGCACAGGAAAGCUUUCCUCCCUUUUUUGUUUUAAGAUAACCUCAGUCAUAAAGAAUGCCAGCUACAUGACAGUGUGAAGUUGGAGACCACAGUGCCAUUUCUACUAGACUGGCUGAAAUUCUCUGUUCCACAUUUAUGUGAAAAAGAAUUUCAUCACAUAAGCAGAGUAAGUCCCUGAAGAAGAUGACUCCUGAGAAUGUCUUCAAAGAAGAAAUGUUUCUGGCAGACCUAUGGUUCACUGUCUGCUUUCUGCAAUGCCUUAUAAAGCCAACCAAGUGACCAAAAGUAAGUAAGACUUCUCCAGGCUGCCUCACAAGCAUGCUUACAAAGAAUACAAACCGCAUCUGUCACAUAUACCACAGAAGAGACAAGAUCACCUGGGAUUGCUAUUUAGGGAACAGUAAGCUGAAUUAUAUAAUGAGGGAUCUAGGAGGUGCUUGAUAAAUAUUUGUUAGAUUUCUCUAAAAUCAAAUUAGCCUUUGAAAAUAACAUUAAGAGGCUGGGGAUUUAGCUCAGCCGCAUAAACGCCUGCCUUGCAAGCAGGCAGUCAUGAGUUCGAUACCUGGUACCAUUAAAAAGGAAAAAGACCAAAAAAAAAAAGAAAAAAGAAAAGAAAAUAACAUUAAGUCGGGCAUGGUGGUGUACCUCUGUAAUCCCGGCACUCAGAAGGCUGAGGCAGAAGUGCUGCAAGUUCAAGGCCAGCUUGGGCUACAAAAUGAGUUCAAAGCCAGCCUGACCUGCAUAGCGAGACCCCUGCCUCAAAAAGACAAAAACAAAAUAAAACAAAAACAGAGAAAGAAAGAAAAUAGCAUUAAUAUAUAACUUUAUACCAGUGGUAUCAGAGAGAACAGGGUUUUCUGCAGUUAGUGUAUAUUUCCCUAUGUUACCACAAAGAUUUCCAGUAAUGUAGCAGGUAAAGGCCAUUUCCACUCCUCUUCCCCACAAGUCAUAGUCUAAUGGGAAAUUUUGAAACUUCUUUAAUUUUCUUUGACAUUCCUUUUAAGAGAGUACUUCAAAAGUGAAAGCUUCAGAACAUAAAAUAUUUUUAUAUUUGUAUAAAAGUCCUUUUUUAAUGCUAUGGAUCAGUAGUGAAGCCUCAUUUAUCAGUAAUGAUUCAAAUUGGAGUAAUGUCUUCCUGAGAGUAUUUCACUCAGCAGAAUGAAAGUGAGGAUAUCGAAGAGUAAAGUUUACACUUAAAACAGCUUAGUUAGGAACAUACCCAUGAGUAUGUCAAAGGGAAAUAAAUGUAUAGUAUUAAAGAAAACCUAAAACUUGAAAAAUAACACUAGCCUGAGCAACAGUCUGCCAAUGCAUAUAGUGUAUGAUUUUCUGCCCUAGUGGCUGAGCUAUCAACUUCUUUUAUGCAGCUAUCUUAUUACAGUCACUAGUUAGUAAAGUUUUGCAUCUAUAUGUUGGUAUGGGCAAAAGAACCUCAUUAUUAGCCAGACAUGUCAAAUGCAAUCCUCACUAAGAAUGUGUUCACCUACCUCCCUCCCUCCCUGGAGUUAUGAAGUGAGGCUGGUGAAUGCAGUUUAGUGUGUGCCUCUGUGUAUGUGUGUGUAAUUUUUUUUCAGUGCUGGGGAUAGAAUCCAGGGCCUUGUACAUGCUGGGCAAGUGCUGUGCCACUGAGUCACACCCCUAGCCUUUUGAAUCUAAACACAUGCAUGUCAAAACAUAUCCUGAUGUUCUUACAUUAAUUCUAAUGUAGCAUUCUCCCAUUAGUCAAAUACAACUUAAUUAAGAGUACUCCAUUGCUUGAUCUGUUCAAAUAAAAAAUACUCAUUUUAUGUAGAAUUUGUCAUCCUCAGGACCAGGACUCAGGAACAAAACUAUUUCUGUGUUGAGGAUGUAAAAGCAUUUUGCAAUUUGGUAUUCAUUUUCACACAAAGGAUAUGCAUGAUGUUAAGUACAUUGUUUAGGAGGAAACUCUAUUUUGCUUUAGCAUGCAACUUUAAAUCUUGAUUAGACUAAGUACUUGGCUAAUGUUCUGGGUCUUAUAUUUGAAGUAAAAGAAUGAAUGUUCCUUUUGUGGUUUAGCUUGAAAAAAAUAUCCCCCAAAAGGCUUAUGUGUUUAGAGGUGGGGCUUUGAGAAAGUGACUAGAUCACGGGGCUACUAGUCUCAUCACUGGAUUCAUCCAUUCAUAGCGGAAGGUGCUGUGAGGUGGCGGGGGACAGGGUCACUGGGGGAGUGACCCGGGAGGAUAUGUUCUUGUCCUAGACCCAUUUCUCUCUGUCUGGCUCUUUCACCCUAUCUCUGUUUCUUGGUGACCAUGAAAUGAGCCGCUUUCCUCUUCCAUGCCAUUCCACCGUGUUUCUGCCUUAAAGCCAGAUGGCCAUGGUCUGAAUUAGCCAAAAUAAACAUUUCCUCCUUUAAA